AUGGGACGAUUCAGCGGGAAGGCGAGAGCAGUAGGAGUCUUAAGGAGGAGUUAUAGUCAUCACAUGCGGUCGGUCCAACCCUUGACUACGAGCAACAGAACUAUAGCUGCUGGGAUUGAUCAUUCUUCAGUUACUUCUUCUACCACCACCACCUCCACCUCCACCUUUACUACUAGUGAUUCAUUUUACAAGGACGGUCGAAAAAUUAGCAUAGGUGAUUGUGCUCUUUUCAAACCACCUCAAGAUUCUCCACCUUUCAUUGGCAUAAUUCGCUGGUUGGCAGUGGGCAAGGAGAAAAAGUUACAGUUAGGCGUGAAUUGGCUUUAUCGGCCAGCUGAGCUGAAGCUUGGCAAAGGCAUCCAGCUGGACACCGUGCCAAAUGAAAUUUUUUAUUCUUUUCACAAGGAUAAAAUACCUGCCGGAUCGCUUCUCCAUCCUUGCAAAGUUUCUUUUCUUCCAAAGGGCGUAGAACUUGCUGCAGGGACAUCCUCAUUUAUUUGCCGGCGAGUCUAUGACAUUGAGAAUAAUUGCCUUUGGUGGCUAAAUGAUCAAGAUUACCUUAACGAGCGGCAAGAAGAAGUGGAUCUGCUUUUAGAUAAAACACGAAGAGAAAUGCACGCUACUAUGCAGUCUGGUGGUCCAUCUCCAAAACCAAUAAAUUGUUCAGCAUCAACCUUGCAAUCAAAAUCUGGUCCUGAUAAUGGACAAAUUGGCGUGACUUCUUUUUCUCCUCCAGUUAAGGGAAAGAAGAGGGAGAGAGCAGAUCAGGGUGCUGAGCCUAUCAAAAGAGAACAAUCUUCAAAAUCUGAUGAUGGUGAUUCUGGUAUUCACAGAGCUGAAAAUAGUUUGAAAUCCGAGAUAGUGAAAAUAAUGGGAAAAGGAGGUCUCAUGGAUUUGGAGGUUGUUGAGAAGUUUGUUCAACUUAUGCAACCUGAGAGAAUGGACAAGAAAAUGGAUUUGACUAACCGCUCUCUGCUUGUGGGUGUGUUGGCUUCCACUGAUAAAUUUGAUUGCCUUAAAUGGUUUGUACAGCUCAGGGGUUUGCCAGUGUUGGAUGAGUGGCUCCAGGACAUCCAUAAAGGGAAGAUUAAUGUUGGUAAUAGUUCCAAGGAUGGUGAUAAAUCCGUGGAGGAAUUUCUUUUGGUUUUACUUGGUGCACUUGACAAGCUCCCAGUGAAUCUCCAUGCCCUACAAAUGUGCAACAUUGGCAGAUCUGUGAAUAAUUUACGAUCACAUAAAAAUUUAGAAAUUCAGAAAAAGGCAAGGAGUUUAGUAGACACAUGGAAGAAGCGUGUUGAGGCUGAAAUUGAUGCGAAGUCUGGUUCAACUCAAGAUGUUUCCUCAUGGUCUUCCAAACCUCACCUUCCUGAAGCUUCUCAUGGUGGGAGUAAAAAUUCAAAUGGUUCUGAUGUUGCCAUGAAAAGCUCAAUUAUGCUGCUUUCUGGGUCUAAAACUUCUUCAGUGAAGUCUUUGCAUGGAGAGAGUAACACAAAGUCCUCAUCCUCAUCUUCUGGCCCUGUAAAGUCAGCAUCAUCACCUGCAUCAGGCAAAGAUAUUCAGCCUAACAUUUCUGUUGGUAGUGCUUCUGACGUGCCUCUUUCCAGGGAGGAUAAGAGCAGCAGUUCUGUUCAAUCUCAUAGCUACAAUCUGUCGUUAGUAAAUGAUGAUGGAAAGGGUUCUGCUGGGUUGAUUAAUGCCAAUAAAAUCUCAGGCAGUGGUUGUCGGCAUCGGAAAUCAAUCAAUGGUUUUUCCGGGACACCUGUUACAGGAGGUCUGAAAGAAACAAGUUCAAGCAGAAGCUCUUCACUGCACAGAAAUACUGCAUUGGAGAAGUCAUCUCAGUGUUCAUUCAAUAGUGAAAAAGUUCUUGAGGCACCCACUAGUGAGGGCAGCAGUCACAAACUAAUUGUUAAGUUACCAAACUGCAGCCCUGCUCCUGCACAGAGUGCCAACAUAGGAUCUUCAGAAGAUCUUUCCAUUAUGAGCAGUCGAGCUUCUUCUCCAGUGCCUUCAGAGAAGGAUGAUUGGAUUUAUGAUAAUCUGAAGGAAAAGAGUGAUGUCCAUCAAUCAAAUUUUACUUCAGACGUGAACAUGGAAUCUUGGCAAAGCAACGAGUCAAAGGAUGUGACGAAUGGUUCUGAUGAGGCUGUUGGGUCGCCUGUAGGUGCAGCUCUUCCUCGUGAAGAUCAAAGUAGGACUAAAGUAUCCACGGAAAUCAUUGAAGCCUCGAAAAGAAAUGACUUGAAGUCAUGUGAAGCAUCUGUCACCCCUAUCAAUGCUUUGAUUGAGAGCUGUGUAAAGUCUUCUGAAGCAAAUUCAUCUGUGUCACUUGAGGAUGAUAUUGGAAUGAAUCUACUUGCUAGUGUCGCUGCUGGAGAAAUGUCCAGAUCUGACUUGGUCUCAUCUACUGAUUCUCCAGAAAGAAGCACCCAUGUAGUUGAUGAAAUUUGCACGCACGAGGAUGCAAAGUCGAAGUUAUCUCCUGACGAUCAACUAGCUGGAGACCAAAGUCCGUGUUGUAAUGUAGUUGAUGGCGAUAGCAAGAAUCAGGCUAUAGCUGGCACUUCAUUGUCGGAAAAUGGAUUUCAUAUGUCUAAACAUGCAUCCCUUGAGCACUCCGGUGAAAGAAGAUGUUCUUCAUCUCACGCUAAUGAAGAUUUGCUGAUCGCAGAAUGCAUUGAACCUGUCAACUUAGCCUCUAUGGAUUUGAGAACCAGUGCAGAUCCUCAGGGGGAUAUCAGUGAUAAGUCUGGUGAAAUGAAGAGUUCCGCUUCUUUGAUGCCAUCAGGCAUGUUGGAGAAGAUGAGAGAUGAAUUAAAUAAACAAGCUCUUGAGGAAAAGGUUGUUUCAAGUAUUGUUAAUGGCAAUGCCAUUUUAGACUGUAAACCUUCUGUAAAUAAGAACUUGGUAUCGGAGGAUAUGGUCUGCCAUGCUAUAUCUAAAAUAGGUGCUGGUAAUCCAGCAGCUGUAGUUGUAUCAACAUAUCGAUCAUGUGAAGGUGAUUGCAAAAAUGAUGUGAAGGAAGAGUUGAGAACUGGCUUACAUGCGGAUCAUGAACUACCUGCUGUUAUUGCAACAUUUGUCUUGACAGAAAGAAGAGAUGAUGAAAAGCUGCAAAGUACUGGGUCUGAUGAGAAACUGAUUUCAGAAAAUGGCAACACAGUCAAGGUAGAAACAGUUGAUGAAAAGGAUCCUGAAAGACAAAACUUUGAUAUGGGAGCAGACAGGUCUAAUGUUGAAGGUCAAGGCAUGAUAUGUUUAGGUUCUAUUGUCGAUGACGUGAAGAGUCAAAAUAUAGAGUCCAGUUUACAGAACAAGGAAUUUGCAGAACACCAAUCUGGUAUAUCACCUCCUAAGAAAGAUUCACCUGCUAUUUAUUCCGAAGAAGCUCAGAAUAAUACUGAGUUGAAAGAAUACAAGCUCCCUGGUGUUGAAUCAGUUGAAACUGAGGAAAGUGCUUCAUCUUCUUUUGCUGCACCUUCAAAACCUGAGACAAAGAUAAAAUUUGACUUAAAUGAAGGUUUGAUAGCAGAUGAUGGAAAAUAUGGGGAGCCAGUAAACUGUAUAGCUCCUGAUUCAACCAGUGUUCAUGUGAUUAACCCAUUACUUUCUGCUGUAAGUUCCAUGGCCAAUGUCCUUCCUGCUUCCAUUACAGUGGCUGCUGCAGCAAAAGGGCCUUUUGUACCUCCAGAGGAUCUAUUGAGAAGUAAAAGUGAACUUGGAUGGAAGGGAUCUGCCGCCACUAGUGCAUUUCGACCAGCUGAACCCAGAAAAGCCUUUGAAAUACCUUUUGGGUCGACAGAUGUAUCCUCUACUAAUGCUUCUACUAGUAGAGAUGUCCGCCCUCUGUUGGAUAUCGAUCUAAAUGUGCCAGAUGAAAGAGUUGUCGAGGACAUGGCUUCUCGAGAUUCUGAUCCAGCUGUCAAUUCGGCAUCUGAUUUCAUAAGUAAUCAUGGUAUGACACGGAAUGAACGCAUAGGUGCUGUGCCUGCUUGUGGCUUUGUAGCACUUGAUCUUGAUUUGAACAAAGUUGAAGAAGCUGAUGAAAUGGGGCAUUGCUCUUCAAGCAGCAAUUUUAAAGUGGAUGUUAGAAGGGAUUUUGAUCUAAAUGAUGGGCCUGUAGUUGAUGAUGCUGCUGAGCAGUUUACAAGUCAUCUGGGCAAGGGUGGUAUGCUUUCUCAACUUCCUACUUCUGGCCUGAGAAUGAAUAAUUUAGAACUUGGCAGCUUCUCGUCGUGGUUUCCCCCUUGCCCUGGUAAUACAUACUCAACUGUGACAAUUCCGUCAAUGUUCCCGGACCGAGUGGACCAGCCCUUUCCCGUCAUAACUCCUGGCGCACCGCAAAGAAUAUUUUCUCCUACUUGUGGUACCCCAUUUGCACCUGAUGUUUAUCGGGGACCGGUUUUGUCAUCAUCUCCUGCGAUCCCUUUCCCAUCUAGCUCUUUCCAAUACCCCGUGUUUCCUUUUGGAACUACUUUUCCUUUAUCGUCUGCAACAUUCUCCGUGGGAGCAACCUCAUAUGUAGAUUCCUCAGCUGGUGGAAGGCUAUUUACUGCUCCUGUAAAUUCACAGUUUCUAGGCAAUGUGGGUGCAGUCUCAUCCCAAUUUCCAAGGCCUUAUCUGGUUAGCCUUCCUGACGGUAGUGGUAAUGGUAGUUUGGAUAACAACAGAAAGUGGGGCAGGCCAGGUCUGGAUCUUAAUUCUGGCCCCGGUGCCGUUGAUAUGGAGGGUAGAGAAGAGAUGUUGCCUCUGGCGUCAGGGCAACUUUCUGUUGCCAGUUCACAAGCUCUAGCAGAGGGGCAAGCAAGGAUGCUCUCGGUUUCAGGUGAUACAAGCAAUCUUCAUGGCAGUAGGAACAGUAUACGGGAAUCUCAUAAGUAUUUCUACUUUGAAUUGUGGAAUAAUAGUGGUCGCACAAGCCUGAUCCUGAAUUAUCACCAGGAUGGAUCUUCCUUGGAGAUUGGGUGUUUCUGGGAGGAUGGAGAUAACUUUCCUGUCUGUAGAUAUUUAACUGUUGGAAAGCAUGCAUUGUCCUAUGCUCAAAUACUGAAGAUCGAUGGCCAUACUGAUUCGAUGCAUUGUCCCGGGAAACCAUUCUGGAAAUGUGAUUGGAACUGA